UCACAUGACUUGGCUGUCUGCUCUCACUGAGCAUGCUCCAAACCCUUUAGUGUUGUCAGGCAAAAUACACGAGACAGCGGUCGGCGCGGCUUGAGCUGACGUUGACAAGCACACUGUCUCACAUCGUGGAGUUAUUUUUGAUGAUCUUGCUGUCGUCUGUGCUUGCAGGCGCCAGGCAGGAAGAGGCUGAGACAAGGACAGCAUCCUGCGUCUCCAUCCUCUGUGAAGGUGUGCAAGACAUCCUGGCUUCCUUCCCAGCUGCGAUGGUUGGCACGAGGCCUAAAGCUGUCUGAUUGAACCCGGAGAACAGCCGAACCGAUGGAUAUCAAAGGCCAGUGUUGGACCGACGAGGAAUCUGAUGGGGAGAACGAGCCGGAGCAAUUCCUGUACGGGAUCCAGGGGAGUUGCGCCGGUGACCUCUACCGCCAUCCUCAACUCGAUGCAGACAUUGAGGCAGUGAAAGACAUCUAUACUGACAGUGCUGUCUCCGUCAGGGAGUAUGGCAGCAUUGAUGACGUCGACAUCGAUCUUCAUAUUAACAUUGGCUUCCUCGAUGAGGAGAUUGCGACAGCUUGGAAAGUUAUCAGAACAGAGCCCAUUAUUCUGAGACUUCGCUUUUCUCUUUCUCAGUACCUCGAUGGGCCCGAGCCAUCAGUCGAUGUUUUCCAGCCUUCCAAUAAAGAAGGAUUCAGCCUUGGCUUGCAACUCAAAAAGAUCCUGAGCACAUUCACAUCCCAGCAGUGGAAGCAUCUCAGUAAUGAGUUCCUCAAGGCCCAGCAGGAGAAGAGGCACAGCUGGUUCAAAGCCGGCGGAACCAUCAAAAAGUUCCGCGCUGGGCUCAGCAUCUUCUCUCCAAUCCCCAAGUCCCCAAGCUUCCCCUUGAUCCAAGACACGGUCCUGAAAGGGAAGCUGAGCGUGCCUGAACUCCGCGUGACCCGCCUCAUGAAUCGAUCCAUCUCAUGUACAAUGAAGAACCCGAAAGGGGAGCUCUUCAGCUAUCCGCCAAAUAGCCAGACCGUGGCGGUCCCGGCGGCCAGGGCCCCUGCACAGAUCACCACCAGGCAGCUGAUUGAAUUGUUUUUCUCAUCCCAGGCGGGCGGGCACUGCAAGAACAUUCCCACACUGGAGUACGGCUUCUUAGUGCAGAUAAUGAAGUACUCCGAGCAGAGGAUCCCCACGCUUAAUGAGUACUGCGUGGUCUGCGAUGAGCAGCAUGUCUUUCAGAACGGAUCCAUGCUGAAGCCGGCCGUGUGCACAAGGGAGCUGUGCGUGUUCUCGUUCUACACGCUGGGCGUGAUGUCAGGGGCUGCAGAGGAAGUGGCCACCGGUGCAGAGGUGGUAGAUCUCCUUGUGGCAAUGUGCCGCGCUGCACUCGAGUCUCCACGCAAGAGCAUCAUCUUUGAGCCCUACCCCUCGGUGGUCGACCCCAAUGACCCCAAGACUUUGGCCUUCAACCCAAAGAAGAAGAAUUACGAGAGGCUGCAAAAAGCGCUGGACAGCGUCAUGUCUAUACGGGAAAUGACCCAGGGCUCGUAUUUAGAGAUCAAGAAGCAGAUGGACAAACUGGACCCUUUGGCCCAUCCCCUGUUACAGUGGAUUAUUUCCAGUAAUAGAUCUCAUAUUGUCAAGUUGCCUCUUAGUAGGCAACUGAAAUUCAUGCACACUUCCCACCAGUUCCUGCUGCUCAGCAGCCCUCCAGCCAAGGAGGCUCGUUUCCGCACUGCCAAAAAGCUCUACGGCAGCACCUUUGCCUUCCAUGGUUCCCAUAUAGAGAACUGGCACUCUGUUCUGAGAAAUGGACUAGUCAAUGCCUCUUAUACCAAACUGCAGCUGCAUGGCGCAGCAUAUGGAAAGGGCAUCUAUCUCAGCCCCAUCUCCAGCAUAUCUUUUGGAUACUCUGGAAUGGGGAAAGGACAACACCGCAUGCCCACCAAAAAUGAACUGGUGCAGCGUUACAAUCGCAUGAACACCAUACCACAGCAGAGUCGUCCAAUCCAAUCGAGAUUUCUGCAAAGUCGAAACUUGAACUGCAUUGCACUUUGUGAAGUGAUCACAUCCAAGGAUCUGCAGAAGCACGGCAACAUUUGGGUGUGUCCUGUGUCGGACCACGUUUGUACUCGCUUCUUUUUUGUGUAUGAAGACGGCCAAGUGGGAGACGCCAACAUUAACACACAGGAGCCCAAGGUGCAGAAAGAGAUCAUGCGCGUGAUCGGGACCUAGAUCUGCAUCAUCAGGCUGAUGGAGGCUUUUGCAAGACAGGAUUCACUUCAUGUAAAAGUAGAUCCAUGCAUCGCCGUGGGUGAGAGGUGCGCAGAGCAGCGGGGGGGGGGAAAGAAAAAAAAAAUCAAGCAAGUGAAUGUCUUGGAGGAAGCGAGUUGACCUGAGAUCUAUUGGGAGGACAUUCUUGUGUUCUUUUCAUUGGACUAUCUUACGCUCUUGCGGACACUCUUUACCGUAAAAAUGUUUACCGUUUGGAAAAAAUAAAUCUGGCAUGGCUUUUCCUCAGUUACAACCUGCUUCAUCUCUUUUCUUGCCGCACAUGUAUUGUAUCUCCAGCUAUAUUUUUUUCAUUUUCUAUAUACAAUUAUACUGUAUAUGUAUUCCAAUGAUCGCUACAUUCAUUUGUGGGUCACCUGUAAAGGAUGUAAACACACACGGGAGUUUUAUCUCCUAAUUUUCCUUAAUCCUCCUAGGAGCUUUAAAAUAUGAUGCAAAACAAAUAUUGUGUAUUGGGCUUUUUCAAAUACAGUAGUUAUGUGUUUUUAGAUUUGCAGGGCAAGCCGCAUCAGGCAUUCUGGCGGGCCAUACAUAGCUCAUCGUCGGUUCCCCGCCAGAGCAAGAGAUGAUCGCACAUUAUUUUUCAUGUUGAAUAUUGUUUGAGUAAUGGCACCAAUUAUGUCUAUACAAUUGUGAUUUAAAGGGCAAGCGCAGCUCUUGUCAUUUGGUCCUUGGCCAAUGGAAUUUGUUUGCCAGAAUUCAAUAAGGGCAGUUUUGAACUAUCCACUAAAGGCACUUUGAUAUGAUGAGAUUCAUCAAUAGUGUUUGUUAUUUUCCAAACAUUGCACGAGGUAAAAUGUCCUUAAUACUGAAGUGAAAAAGAAUGUGUUUUUUGGUUAUUUGUUCCUCAGUUCCUACACAUAGCAGGCAUUCUCUAGGGCAGAUAAAUCUAUUAUACUGGAAUUUGAUUUUUCUGUCCAUUGUUUGAGCAGUACAUUUAUUACGCAAAACUAUUGUCUAUUGAGCACAACUUUACCAAGUUGUUGGUAAAAUGAAAAAUGUCAGCUAAUUUUGACAUCAAAAGAUCUACUGAGUUCCCAACCAAAUGAAUGAAUGACAAGAUUGUGUAACUAAACAGCACCUUACAGUAAUGUAUUCAUUUUCCAUGAUUGAUAUGUUACUUUUGUGGGCAUUACUUUGUCCUGUCAAAAUCAACUUGAGAAAAUACUACAAAAUAUGUUCCGCGAGUCCUGACGAAACAAAUUGGAUGUAUUAACUGCACAUAUUAGCAAAUUAUAACCCUGUAUAGAUAAUUUGGUUUCUCAGUUUAUAAUUUAUUGUAUGUCGAUAAUUUGUGGGCAGCCAUUUUCUCUACAUUGUAUGAGACAUUGCACUUAACCCUUGCCUAAAACGACAUGUCCUUUGCAUCCUGGAGGGAAAAGGAAAUAUAAGUACAUUGUCAUAUUCUGAACUAUGUAUGUCUGUACAGAGAAGGGCUGUAAAUAUGGAUGAAAUAUAUCCAGCAAAGAACUGGUGCUUGUUUUUUUUUUUUUGGUUUUGUUUUUUUUAAUUCUCUUGCCGCUUGUCUCCAGUGUGGAAACUAAAGAAGAUGGUCAGUGAUGUGAAGUGGGUUUAAGAAAAUAAAAUUCUGAUUUUG